CAUUCACUGUUGUGAACUUUGAACAUCUAUCUAUCUAGCCAGACUUCCUUACUACUUCCAAGAAACUAACACCAUGAGCAUCGAAAAACCUGCCUCCUGCUGCAUCCUCCUCCCCAAAUCCUUUGUACCAUCGGUCAAUGAAGUCAUCAUCGGCCGUGGCAAGAAGGUGAUGGACCACUCUGGCAACGAGCGCUUUCGCGAGAUGAUCCAGGCUGAGAUUGCGGAAUACGGAGCUACCAGCUCCAAGACUGCCAAGUCUGCCAUCAUCUUUCGAGUCUUGACCCAGAUCAAGAGAGGCAGCCCCGAAACGGGAGGCUUUGUCAAACAAGACCCUCAGUCCGAGAGGUGGUACACCAUUGAAGACACGUGUGCUCGUACCACCACGGCCCAGGCAUUCCGUGAUGCCUUGAGCCACACCUACCGUUCUUCCAAGCAAUACAAGCAAAAGAGACGCUGGAAGCGCAAGACCAACAGCUUCAAUGAUCUGGAAGAUGCGCUGGAUACAGUUCCCGUUGCCACCAACAUGCGUCCGGCUGGCAGUCUUUGUUCCCUUCCCUCCUCCUUUCAUGAAUGGUCUCAACGUCAUCAAGCCCAUGGUGGCAAUGUCGAACGUCGUUUGGGUAACAUUCUGGACUCUGCCAUGCAUAUCAUGGACGAUGAUCUGGAGUCAUAUUAUCCCACCGAGGCCACUUCUGCUGUGUUUCCUGAAGACACCAUGCCUCUGGCAAUUCCCUCGGGCUUCCACAACAACGGCGGCGACAUUCCGUUGCUGCCGCCCCACGACUUGACUGCAUUCUGGGAAGUCUUGGGUCAACAUGCCCAAGAGACAGAAGAUCCCUUCGAGCCAACUCCAAUCUCUCCCAACCUCCCAACUACCAAGCAGAGCUCUAUUAGUGGCAAGCCUCUUUCUCCUGGACUUCACGCCCAAGCCUUCAUGAAUAACAUGUCCCUCAAGCUAGCCUUGUCCUGCUUCUCUACCUAGAUGCAUACUGUAGAGUGAAGCAGCGAUAACUCAGACGAAGCAGGUACUACCAUAAGCGAGGACACAAUUGUAUUCAGUGAACACAGAAGAAAUCUAUCUCUCUGCAAGCAACCAAGUCGAACGACAAUUGACCCAAGCAGCAGAUCGAGCUAGGGCCAAUCAUUGUUGCAUACAAAUACUACAUAAUAAUUAAUUCUAGAUAUGAAGAUUGAACC